AUGUCCCUCCCCCCAAACAUCCACGUCUCCACCCAUCCCUGCCUCCAGGCAAAGCUCUCCCAGCUCCGCUCGGCAAGCACCAGCCCCCGCGAAACAAGAGCACUCAUCCAUGAGAUCUCAUCAAUAAUCGGCGUCGAGGCAUUUGCCAAGGGACUCACUGUUGCGAAGACGGGGACGGACCGUACCCCGCUCGGUGCUGAGUAUGAGACACAAGGCAUUGAUCCGGCGGACUUGGCGCUGGUGCCGAUUUUGAGGUCGGGGUUGGGCAUGGUUGAGGCCUUAAAUUCCCUCCUUCCAACCGCCGUCCCAAUCUACCAUCUAGGUCUGUUCCGUGAGAAAAUCAGUCUACAACCCGUAGAAUACUACAACAAUCUUCCCUUCCACCGCAAUGAACUGUCACCUCAAAGUCCUGCGCUCCUGGAUCCGUCCGCUGCAACAAUGAACAAGGCUGCCGCGACGCUGGCGGUGUUACUUGAUCCUAUUAUUGCGACGGGUGCUACGGCUGAGGCGGCUAUACAUCUGUUGCGGGAGUGGGGUGUGCAGAAGAUUAUCAUGUUGAGUGUACUUGCUUCUGAAGAGGGGAUUAAGCGGGCUGCGGGCACUUGGGAGGAGGUUGAGGUUUGGGUUGGAGGUGUUGAUGCGAAGGUCAACGAGAAGGGAAUGAUUGUGCCUGGGCUUGGGGAUAUUGGGGACCGGUUGUUUGUUGCUAUUGGGAAGUAG